UGUAGGGCUUAUCACCACUGGAAUCAAGGAGAGGAGCAGAAAAUUACUCCAGAUCAGUGCAGGUCCAACUUCAGUGGCAGAUCUGGUGGCCUUGGAGUGGCUGAAGACCACCACCCUCCACAGGGCUGCGCCCAGGCACAGCCAUCCUUCCCCACCUUGAGUGAACUUCCUCUGCAUGUUUUCUGUAUCACUGGCAGAGCCUGUAGUUGGAAAGGGGACUGAGUGACUACUGGACUUUGUAUGAAAACACCAACCUGGGACAGACCUUCAGUCAAGGCUGAGACGGGUGGGGGUACAUAACUUGGCCCUACCUUAAACUUGGACCAUGGCUGGCUCUGGGGCUAAGGCAAGAACUAGAGGAGAGGCUGAGGCUGGCCUGAAAGCUGGAAUCAGUGGCUCUGCCAAUGCUAGAGUGAAGGCUGAGACCCAGGCCAAGGCAGUGGCUGAGGCAGAACCAAAAACAGAAUUGGUGACCCAGGUCAAGGCUGGCGAUGGAGCAAUAGCCAGGACACAGACAAUGACCUGCACUGAGGCUGUAGCUAUGACAAGGGAAGUGAGCAACAUGGAAGAUAUCACUAAGACUAGAGUCAUGGCUGAGACUAAGACAAAACCCCCGUCAAGUGCCCUAAACCAAGUGCCCCAAACCAAGUCAAAGGCCAUGCCUGUGUCUAGGGUCAGUGCUGUAGCCAUUGAAGUCAGGGUUGGUACUGGCAGUGAGGCAAAUAUCAGGUCCUGUGCCAAGGCUGAUGAUAAGGCCAAUGUUGGGUCCAGACCUGAGACAAAGGAAGAGGCCAACAUCAGGGCCAGGGCUGGGGAUGAAGCUGGUAUUGGGAUCAAAUCCAGUGAUGAAGAUGAAGAAAAUGUUUGCUCCUGGUUCUGGUCUGGAGAAGAACCUAGUGUAGGGUCCUGGUUCUGGCCUGAAGAAGAGACCCCUCCUCAAGUUUGUAAGUCCCUACCUAAGAUACAGGAAAAGCCCAAGCCCCCACCCACACCCAAACUUACUACAAAACAAAAGGCAAAGGCAUGGUUAAGGGCCAGGUAUAUUGUCCUAGUCCCAGUUGAGGGAGAGGAGCAGUCCUUGCCUCCAGAAGGGGACUGGACCCUGAUUGACACCUUGAUUGAAACUCCUUUGGGGAUUCGGCCUCUGACCAAGAUUCCACCUUAUGAUGGGCCUUACUUUCAGACCUUAGCUGAGAUCAAAAAACAGAUUAAGCAAAGGGAAAAGUAUGGGCCUAAUCCAAAGGCCUGCCGCUGCAAAUCACGUGCCUUUAGUUUAGAGCCUGAAGAGUUUGAUAAACUUGUUGCCCUACUUAAGUUAACUAGGGAUCCUUUCAUUCAUGAAAUAGCUACGAUGACAAUGGGCAUCAGUCCUGCUUAUCCAUUUACCCAAGAUAUAAUUCAUGAUGUAGGUAUUACUGUUAUGAUUGAAUACUUGGUCAAAAAUCCUAACAUUAAAGAACACCCUAGAGCUUUAAGUAUGGUGGAUGAUAACUCUGAGUCCCCUGAAGAACCAGACGUAGGAGAGUCAUACAUACAUCAGGUUUGUAAGGACAUAAUGUCUUAUCCCUUGAACUCCCCUGGGCAACUGGCUGAUCUAAAAUUACUAGUGCACCUGAGUGUGAAUUUUGAGGAUCACCACGUGAUUGCCAAUUACAUUCCAGAUUUCCUCACCUUGUUAAAUAAGGGAAAUGUCAAAAUCAAGUUUUAUGUGUUAAAAGUGUUUUUGUGCUUGUCUAAAAAUCAAGCCAAUACAAGAGAACUGAUCAGUGCCGAGGUACUGUCAUCACUGGUUGCUCCCUUUAACAAGAAUGAAUCAAAGGCCAAUAUUCUUAAUAUCAUUGAAAUAUUUGAGAAUAUAAAUUUCCAAUUCAAAAAAAAGGGGAAGCUAUUUACCAAGGAAAAGUUCACUAAAUCUGAACUUAUUUCCAUAUUCCAGGAAGCAAAAAAGUUUGGUCAGAAACUACAAGACUUAGCAGAGCACAGUGAUCCUGAGGUGAGAGAUAAAGUCAUACGGUUAAUACUCAAGCUCUGA